AGAAGAAGAGGACGAGGACGAAGAAGAGCAUUCUACCGGCUGUUACCCAGUACCGGAAUAUUAUUCACAAAUUUAGCUUAUUUAAUGGCUGCAUGUUGGUGAAAAGGACCGGUUUUCAUAUUUUAAUAUGUAAUAUCCUUAUAUAUAAGAGAACUGCCGUUCUUGGAUAAGAUAAACUAAAGAUGUUUUAAAAGAGAAACAGUUAAACAAAUGCUAACAUUUGUCGCGUGCAGGGAAACGUGAGUAUUCGCAGUGUGUCUUAUCCUUAAGUGUGGCGGUUUCCAUGAAGAUGAGGUGUCACUAUGAAAUAUUGGGAGUAAAAAGAGACGCGGGAGAUGAUGACCUGAAGAAAGCUUAUCGGAAAUUAGCCUUAAAAUGGCAUCCAGAUAAAAACUUGGAGAACGCAGAGGAGGCCGCAGAGCAGUUCAAGCUCAUUCAAGCAGCUUAUGACGUCCUCAGCGAUCCGCAGGAGAGAGCCUGGUAUGACAAUCACAGAGAAGCUCUGCUGAAAGGAGGCCUAAGCGGCGAUUAUGAAGACGACAGCAUUGACCUCCUGCAGUACUUCACAGUCACAUGCUACUCAGGAUACGGAGAUGAUGAGAAGGGCUUUUACACGGUUUACAGGAAUCUUUUUGAGUCCAUUGUUAAGGAGGAGAUGGAGCACAGCAGGAUGGACGACGAGGAAGAGGAAGAAGGGUUUCCUCCCUUUGGAGAUUCUCAGAGCGAUUAUGAUACAGUAGUUCAUGUGUUUUACGCCUACUGGCAGAGCUUCUGUACUCGCAAAAACUUUGCUUGGAAGGAGGAAUACGACACGAGGCAGGCGUCCAACCGCUGGGAAAAAAGGGCCAUGGAGAAGGAGAACAAGAAGACUAGGGAAAAGGCUCGAAAGGAGCGCAAUGAGCUCGUGCGGCAACUGGUGGCCUUCAUCCGUAAGAGGGACCGGCGUGUCCAGGCCCACCGGAAGCUGGUGGAGGAGCAGAACGCUGAGAAGAUCAAGAAGACGGCAGAGCUGAGGCGACAGCAGAAGCUCAGACAAGCCAAGAUGGCAGAGGAGUACAAGGAGCAGAGCUGGGCCGCAAUGUCUGAGCUGGAGAAGGAGCUGCAGCAGAUUGAAGCUCAGUACGGAGAGGAGUUUGGAGACACAUCCGAGAGUGAGGAAGAGGAGGUGGAUGUGGACACAUUUCAGAAAAACAGUGCAAGAGAUGGAGACGCCGAGCAGCCGAACGACGAUGACCCAACCAUCGACUGUUAUGAUGAUCUCUACUGCCCUGCUUGUGACAAGUCUUUCAAAUCGGAUAAAGCCAUGAAAAACCAUGAAAAGUCCAAAAAGCACCGAGAGAUGGUGGUGUUGCUACGGCAACAGUUGGAGGAAGAAGACGAUUCACUCUGCUUGAAUGGAAAGGAGGAUGGAGAGAAAGAAAAUGACCUGCAGGAUGAGGAGGAGGAAGAAGAGGAACAGCCGAGGCAAAAGCUAUCAAAAAAGCAAAAGAGGAAAAAAAAACAGCAGAAAGUAGUACAGAAAACUACCGUUGAGAGUAAAGAGGAGGAGGAGACGAUACCCACACAGCCCACCUGUGAGGAAGAAGUCCCUGACAGCUCAGAAAAUCCUGUACAAUCUGAAAAGCUGGAGGACCUUCCCUCUGCAGAAGUCAAAAGCAGCUCUGAAAAGACGAAAGGAAAAAAGGGAGGUGGGAAAGACAAGGCAAAGAACACCAAACCACACGCUGAACAGUUUCUUGAGAAGGAAGUCAAUCUCCGCUGCGUCACCUGCAACGACGAGUUCCCCACAAGAAACAAGCUGUUUGACCAUCUGAAGACCAGCGGCCAUGCUAUUGCUAUUUCUACAAACGCUACUCACGGCUCCAUCAGCAAGAGCAGGAAAGAAAAGCGGAAAAACAGAUAACACAUUCUCACUGCGGCUGAUAAGACUUUGAUCCAGAACAAACUCAUGUGGAGAUGUUUUUGCAGUUUGUGUGAGUCAAAUACAGACCCGAACCUUCUGACUACAAGUUCCAAUAGGUCGGAGUGAAACAAGAUGUAGUUUUAAAAUAAAAUUUUUAAAGCAUACUUUGUCCGACAAGGUUGCAGAUCCAUUGUCAGUGCAUGUGUGUGCGGACUGAAUUGAGAAAAGGUUGGUUGAUUAAAACAAGCCGAAUUGAAUUAGAAAAACCGAAAGUUUUUUAUUUUCAGACAAUCGAGCAAGCGGUAUUGAACAGUAAUAAUAUUCAAGCUCAUACAAAGUCUCUAUCGUUAGACAGAGAGCGAGAGAACGGAAUCUGGUGCUCCCUGAACUUUACUGGUGGGAGAAAACCAGGUUCAACAACUGGCUCUGAUUGGACAGAAUCGUCUGGAUUUUGGCGAGCGUCCUCUGCUCUUUUCACCUUCAAGACACAGCGACACUGCAGAGUCUGUCUUCAUAAUGAGCUAAUUCAGCUUAAAAUAUCCUUCUUCUUAGUGCAGCAGUUCCCUUCCUCCCCUCAAACACACAACACAAUGAUCUGGUCGAACAUUUACAACAACUUACAGCAGAUCCAGGAAGACGCCAGCGUUUUAAGACGGCACAUCCUGCUCUGUCUUUUUUCUUGUAUACAGCAUACAAAUUUGUGGUCCAUAAUUUCCAAAGCAGUUAUUGUUGCAUGUUAUGAUUUGGACAUUUUCUUGGUGAGAAAACGGUGGUUACGGUUUCAUUUAUGCGAGCCAAAUUCUUUGAUUUGUAUGAGUCAGCCUGAGGCUGACUCCACAUAAUACAAACCGAAACUUGACCCUGACGACUUCAAGUCUUCUGCUUCCUGUAAUAAAAGGACUUGUAAGAUAAAAUUAGCAGCGACCUGAUCCUCCUUAUUUCAGAUUUCUGAUCACAUUCCCAGACUAAAUUUGAGCGUGCAGACGCUACUGCAAUACGAAGAGGGACGGGAAUGCAGUGUCAAGAAAGUUACUUGCUUCUUUAAAGAUUUGUUGCUGUUUUUGCAUUUCUUUGUUUACAUUUUUCAGAUCAUCACACAAAUUUUAACAUCAGAUAAAGAUAAAAUGGCUAAGUACAAAAUUUAGUUUCCAAAUGAUAAUUUUAUUAAAAGGAGCAGUAUCAAGUAAAAUCUACUUUUUUGAGUUCGACAUAUUGUCAUAAUGUUAUUCCCUAGCGUGUUGCUUAGAUUUUUUUUCAUGCAUGUUUGAGAAAUCCUUCAAUAUUCCGUGGCAACCAUUGAGCUGUGCAAAAUGUCUGAGUGGACCGAAUGCUGCCUUCAAGACGCAGUUCCUCUGUGGAGCUGCAGUUUCCAAUCUUCUGAGCUUCCGCCUCACAGAGCCGCUCUCCUCCGCGACUCCCCCAAUCAGCUCCUUCAGACUAGCUGGCAGCAAUUAGCAAACACUAGGUGGGACUGCACAUGAGCUAAUGUGAGCUACUUCUCAGUGCAACGCUCAUAAAAAUUUUACUAAAUGCUUGAUAGAGGAGCACUGUUGUGAUGAAGGUGGAUUUUCAGGAAGAGGUGGAGUUUUUAAAGAGACAGACACAAAUUCAAGGUGUAAAGUUCCAAAGUUACAUUUCUUGUAAAUGAUACUUGACAUACAUCAUCGCAUUUUAUAACAACUGAAAGUAAUAUACUUACUGGAUUGUGUAGUAAAAUAGGUACAUGUGCACCGUGUACCUAAAGAUACAUAAUACUGCUCCUUUAAUAGUAUACAAGACCUAUACACACAAAGCUGGCACUAUGUGAAAAUAUAAUUGACCACAACCCACAACUGCUAAAUAAUGAGUUCAUAAUUUAGCACCUUGUUACAUUUACCAAAAAACACAUUGAUGCUCCCCAAGAACUUUGGGGAAAUUUUCUGUGACGUAUUGCGAUAAACGUGAAACUUUUUCAAAGGUCCUUGUUUCAUUACAUCUGGUGAAGCAGAAUCUCAUAUUGACAGUAGAUUGUUAUGAUUGUAUUAUGCUAUGCUGCUUCAGGUUCUGGCCAGCUCUGCUGUAAUUUGAUGUAUUGUUUUGCUCUGUAUCAGAAAAUCCCACAAGAGAAUGCCCAAUCCUCUAAAGUUUAAUUAGUUUGACUCAUUCUUCUACCUUAUUCUUUGGCUUUGAAUGAAGAAAAUUGCAAUAAUAUGUUGUGACAUGUUUUACAAAAAACAACUUAAGGGUAUUAUGCACAUUUUGACUAAACAAUUAGUUUUUGCCACCUCCAUAUUGCUGCAGGGCAUUUACAGUGUGUGGGUUAAGUCAUGUUUUUAUGAAAGUAACCUUCAUAUGAAAAUCAGCUGUGCACAACAAGAAGAUCGGCAUCAGACAGUUGAAUAAUAAUCAGACAAUGUGAUAUUCUCAGUCCACUUUCACUAUGGAAACUUCCCUGAUCAUGCUCACAGAGGGAAUUGCUUACACACCUGCCUGACCAAACAUUUAAAAACAAAGCUGUAAAAGAGAAACAUCUAAAUGCUUAGGUUUAAUGGCCCUGUUCUCUGAAACCACUGGGAAAACGACAAACAUCACUAAGGAUCCGGAUGUCAGUAUUUACCAUAAAACAUGCAGGAUAGUGAAGUGCACCACAAUUUUUCAGAGUCCUUGUAGAUGUACAUGUCUCUUUUGUUAGGCUCUUCUUAGCAAUGUUAGAAUGAGCGGCUUUUCAUACCAAUCUGCAAAUAACCUCCUUCAGUCUUACUGACAGGGUUUCUGUUUUGCACUUUUAAGUUUUUUUUGCACACAGCUUUAUAUAGCAGCUCUUUCCAUUUAAUCCCUGUAGCUUUUUGAGUGGGCAUGUGACUUUGCAGAGUCUUUGUGAGAACAUGUGAGUCACAGAAAAUCACUCCUUUUAGUAAAUGUGCUUCACAGCACAAUGGAGACGGCAAGGACUAAAGCGCACACAGUCUCGGGUUUAGUGUGAAAGAAGUACUGCUGACAUCCCUGUGUUUCAUUUGCAACAAGGACAGUCAAAUCCAGGUGCAUGACAGCACCUCUAACCCUAGCAGAUUAUUCUUUAUUUUCUUUCCUUUACAUUUCAGAAGUCGUCCACGUGUUUUUAAUAUAAGAAAAUGAAGCAGAGCUCUUUCAGAAGGAUGAGUAAACCUUAAUUGAGGCCACAGUUGCUGACUGUACUGCACACAGCGUCUUUAUCCUGAAAAGGCAGCAUUCCUUAAAAUCCUUCAUAUGUUACUUUUUUAAUCCCAUAUCCUCCUUUCUGUCUUAGAAAAAAAAAGGUGCAAAUGAUGUGCACAUUUUUGAAACGUGACAGGAAUUUUUGUCUGAUUUGAUUAACUUGAAUAAUUGGAAUCAUUUAUUCAUUGUAUCGUUUGUUCUGCUAAAGCUCCUAUUUUACAGUAAAAUACAAUUUUGCUGUAAAAUUUCUUUCCUAAUAAAGUUGUCUUGGUGUAAGAAUGA